GUUUAAUUUUUUCCACUCUCUCAUUCUCUCGGUCUUUCUUCUCGCAUUCUGAGCUCUCAACACGGAGGAACGUUUGAGACACUUUCAGUAUAAGUCUUUUAUAUCGUACGAUCGGAGAAGUAUUUUUUUGUGUGUUAAGUCGCUCUGGUAAGCUCUCAAUUUUAAUGCAAAAGUGACCAUUUUCCCCGUUUUAAGUGAUGCAAAAAUGAGGCAAAACUAUUUUUUCCUCAUUUCCCAUUGAAUUGUGCACACAAGUGUUGAGUCAAGGAGGGCAAAAAAAAUCUUUUCUAUGUGAAUAUCGCGCGGACAAGUGCUUUUGAGUUGUGUAUAAGUUAGUAUUUUUUUAGCCACGAGAACAGGCACCAAAGAAGAGGCACACAAAACGAUAAGACGAACCAAAAGCGCACGGAAAUAUAAAAUUUAAAUAAUAAUUGUGUGUGAUUUGUAGACGAAAAAAAUUCCCUCCUUUUGUCGUGUGUUGCUUGUGAGUGUUUUGCCGCGUUUUUAUUUUAAGAAUAAUAUAAGAAAAUAAAAUAAUAAUAAGAAAAGCACCAAAGACUGUUUGCAAUUGAAAUUGCCUUGUCGAAGAAAUUUUUAUUAAUAAAUGCCGAGUGCAAAGUGAAAAUUUUGCGUAAUAGCAGAAGUGUAUAGAAGGAGAGUGUGGGGGGAACAUAGUGCGGUGGAGAUAAGCAAAGAAAAAGCAAAGCAGUGGAAUUUAUAAAAGCAGAGUGACUUAAAUGUGUGUUGUGUAUAGUUGAGACUGUACGAGGAGGGAAUAAGAAAAUAUACAAUCCCAGCUAUAAAUACUGCAAAAGACAUCCACAGCAAAUAUUAGCUCAAGAGGCUGGACGAAGAAGCAAAAAAAAAAACGCGUGUGUGUGAUAAGAAAAUGAUUUAUUCUGUUUAAUAUGAUGUGCAAUUAUCACAACAUAUUGAUAACAUAGAAUAGAAGGAAGGAGCGAGGGACGAUUUCUCUCUCACCGACCAACAUUGAACACUCCAGCACAACACAAACUUGCGCUGUAUAGAAAAAGAAUCAAAUUUAUCAAAAAGAGCGAAGCAGAGGUAAAAGCAACAGAUGGAUUCGCGCCUGUUGUUUGUAUUUGCUUUGGCGUGGAUUCACUUGAUGGUGGUGGACGCAAGGAUACCCGAAGAGCCAGCUGUGCCCAAUCAAAUGGUCACAACGGAAUCAAUGGUGACUGCAUCCACCCAGCCCACACCGGAGCUUCAUCAUCCCCCACAAAAUGGGCCAUGCUUCUAUGCUGAACCCGAACUCUGCCAAAGUCCCCUAAUUGACGAUCCGAAGCUCCAAGUUCCCAAUUGCGAAUGUCGCCUACAUCCAACCAUCCCUCAAUCCCUCAUCUGCUGCAAUGUGACCAGUCUCACGAACAUCACCUCGUGCCAGGAACCAGAUCCAUCUGAACACUGGAAGAAUAUCCACGUGAGGAAUGCAAGUCUCGAUGAAUUGGACAUUUCUAAUGGAUUCUGGAAGCUCUUUGAAUCCAUCUCCAUCACCGAUGGGACACUGAAGAGAAUCACGCGGGAAUUUACAAGAUUUUCAGCAACAAAGUGCUUCAAUGUUUCCAACAAUACCAUCAUGGAGAUUCAACCGCGUGUCUUUAGAAAUCUCAUGCAGCUUCAGGUUCUCGAUAUUUCCUUCAACAAUCUCUCCACAAUUCCCAACAUAAAUAAGCUGACCAACCUCACGAUGCUCACGAUCGACAUUCGCGGGAAUAAGGACAUGCUCUGCAAAUCCGUGAGUGAAACAAUCGACCGAGGAGGGCUGGAGCUGAACUUUGUGGAACCAGACAAGACGUACUGCCUCACGAAUCAGACAUUCAACUGGUUCAACUCCACAGACAACGUUCCCCUGAGGCAGCUCUACCGGAUGAAGCAACUGCAAUCUGAAUGCCCAUCGGAUUGCAAAUGCGAAGUGGAGAGAAUGAAUUAUGAGCAGCAGAGUCCCGAAAAUGGGACCCCCCUGCUGAUCUUCUCUGCCAAAGUGGACUGUUCGAAUCGGCACUUGACGGAACUCCCACAGAAGCUGCCAACCAAUACUUACUCUCUUAAUGUUUCCUGCAACAAUAUCACGAGCUUGUCUGCCCUCAAUGACAACCCAACAUAUCAACAGAUAAUCCGCCUCUAUGCGGAUAACAAUCAGAUCUCAUCGCUCCUUGAUCUCGAGGGGACGACCUUCAUUGAGGAAUUCGAGGUUUUAUCGCUGCGGAAGAAUAAACUAAAAUCAAUUCCCAUUUAUUUGCUCUCAAAUACCCUCGAUAAGAAUCCCCGGGGUAAGAUGCUCUACUUCGAGGGGAAUAAACUCCACUGCGAUUGCAAUUCAGCUAAAAUUCUCCGGCUAUGGCUGUUGGCGCGUCAGAAUCACAUAAAGGAUUGGGAUCAGAUUCUCUGUGAGAAUAUGCCGCAAAUUGUCGUGGAUCUGUCAGAGAUGAAGCUCUGUCAGUCGCAGCACGACUGGACGGACUACAUUUACUACCUCAUUGCAGCUGAGAUCUUCCUCCUGGGGGCGCUUGUCUUUAAGGUCUCCUACGACUAUUGGGUCUUCAAGACAGCCGGCUACCUCCCAUGGCCCGCCAGUAAGAUGCCCAAACUCCCGUGCGACUGGCUCUGCGAGUCCUGAACAUCACGCACCUGCCAUUUCUCUGUGCCUUUAUUUCUGUGAUUUAUUAUUGCUUUUUUAUGUACCAUGUGUGCCGUUAUUGCGUGAGUUAAGGAAGACUGGAAAUGAUUUUAAAAAAUUCAACUUUUAUUCUU